AUGGCGUCAAGAAAACGAGAAUCCUUACACUGUUUGUCCUGUACGGAUAUCAUAUCCCCCCUCCACUGUCAUCUCAUCAGAAAAUGUCCUGCUGGAGAUGUAUGCUAUGUAGAACAAUUUAAGACAAUCAAUGGUGAACAACUUUACAAUAUGGGAUGCUACACAGAAAGGAUAUGUCAUGGGCGUCAGAUGGCAGCUAGAAGACGUCAGUUGUCUCAUUUGACCGGUAGUGACAAUCCCCAAUGUGUACACUGCUGCAAAUCCGACGCUUGUAAUGUUCACGGAUGCCGCUCUACAGGGUUUCCUAUUCAACGAGGACCUUUGUGUUUUAACUGCAAACAAAGCACCAAUCCAGAACUUUGUCGUUAUGUUAAGGUUUGCGAGUUUGACCAGGUCUGUCAUCUACAUGAAGAAGAGGAGUUUGGAGACAAGUUUUAUGUGUCGUCCUGUUUACUUCAGAAUGUAAGUGGAAGGCGUAAUACUAUAUACUAA